AUGAAGCCAUGCUCACUCUUCUUAGUACCGCUCGAGCAGAGUCCUAACCACCACUCUCUGUUAGAUUCCGUUGUCGAACGUCGAAUUUCGUAUACACGACGAGAGGAAACAGAGCCACGGAUCAAACAUGGUUAUAGCAUCACCAAACGUCCCGCGAAUAGGAGAAAGACGCCUACUAGUUCUUCGAUCGAUCACUUGAAACGGACAAAGCCAGAUCCGGUGACUUCGAUUUCGACACUGCUGCAGAACUGCUCUGAAAAUACGUCCCCACGAUUGCAAGCCUGGACAACGGUACCCAACCCAGCUCCUGCAACCUCAGGUCAGUUCUUCACAGAUGGGACAAAUACGGACAGAAGCGAGCAACGCAGAAGGGAUGUUGGGCAGACUCAUAACGGAGGAUCACCCUACCGCUUUAGCAGUAUAAUCGAAAUUGCGCCCAGCCAUGGUGGUCUACACAAAAGUGAAAAUGGCCGACAAGGACCGUCCACUUUUGUUGGGUGA